AUGACUUCGGAAAGUCCAGCUGCUCCCAAAAGGCUGUUGAUUUUUGGAGCAACGGGUUUGAUAGGGACGUAUAUCGUGAAUGCGAUCGUCCAGAACAAAGCCCACUUCGAUCGCAUCGCCAUCUUCACCUCCCCAUCGACCGUGGAGUCCAAGGCAGAUCAGAUUGAGUCUCUGAAGAAAGAGGGAGUCGAGGUCGUCGUCGGUGAUAUUACCAACGCAGACGAUGUAGUCAAGGCGUAUCAAGGCAUCGACACUGUCAUUUCAGCUGUCGGUAGAAAUGUGAUUGGGAAUCAGGUCGAACUUGUCAAGCUCGCAGACCAGAGUCCAUCGGUUCGAAGGUUCUUCCCGUCCGAAUAUGGGACAGACAUCGAGUAUGGACCACAAUCGGCCACCGAGAAGCCACAUCAGCUCAAGUUGAAGGUCCGAGCUGCAUUACGAGAAUGCAAGAACCUCGACCAUACCUACGUCGUGACAGGGCCGUACGCGGAGUUCUUCCUUUCUCAUAACCCCAGCUUCACGGAGGCGGGAACAUUCGACGUCAAGAACAGGACGGCCAAACUGAUUGGGGAUGAAAACGUCAAGAUCAGCUUCACGACCAUGCGCGAUGUUGGUAAGCUGGUGGUACAUGCUCUGCUGAAACCAGAAGCCAGCCGCAACAAGGCACUGAGGGUGAAUUCGUUCACCGCGACGAAUUCACAGAUACUGCACGAGUUUGAGAAGCAGACAGGUGGUGAACCUUGGAAGGUUUCGUACAUUAGCUUGGACGACUUGAAGAAAAAGGAACAGGAAGCAUGGGAAGCGGGAGCCCCGUUUGCGACAGCCUUUACGCUGAAGAGGAUUUGGGGUGAGGGAGGCACCUUGUAUGAGAAGCGUGAUAACCAUCUCAUUGAUGCCGAGGACGAUAUGGACUCGCUGGAGACAGCCGUAGCCAACGCUAUCAAGGCGCAGACGGGCCAAAGUAAGGCGUAG